AUGGACGAACAAAAAGAGCACGCGAACUUGGAAUUAGAACUGCGCAAGGUCACUGGUGACGGCGGCACCGGCGCCGCCGAGCCUGCCAGCCGCGCCGGCGCGCCCGCAGAGGGCGAUGCGCCGCAGGCGCCGCAGCUGCAGCUGGACGUCACUCUGCCCCAUAUGCACGGCCGCGCCUCGUACCGACGUCACUACGGGGCGUACAUCCCCGCAAACCCCGGCAUGAGCGCGGCGCUGGUCCUGCUGCUGCUCUUUGGCUGCCUGCUGCAGGCCGCCUACUGGACCAGUUCCGGCCCAGUG